AUGUUCAAUAUUUCUAGUAUUAAAUCUCCGGGCCCAGAUGGCUAUGGUUCAACUUUCUUUAAGGUGCUGUGGCAGGACAUUGGUGAUGAAGUUUGUAGAGCAAUAGGUCAAUUUUUUGAGACAUGUAUCAUACCAGAAGAGCUGCUGAAUACUACGUUGUCCUUGGUCCCUAAAGUUGACAAUCCUAAUAGGGCAGUGGAUUACAGGCCCAUUGCAUAUGACUUGCUGCUAUUUUGUAAAGGUUCCCUGUCAACAGUUAAAGUUCUUAAGAAUGUGAUUGGGGAGUUUAGUUCUGUUACAGGGCUUCAAAUCAAUGAGAGUAAAUCUCAGGUUUACUUUGGGGGAGUUUCAGCUGCUGAAAAACUCCAGAAAUCUACUGAGUUGAAUCUGUCAGAGGGAUCAUUUCCUCUUAAAUACCUUGGUGUCCCUAUGAGACCUACCAAAUGGAAGCAUGAAGACUUUCUGUUUGGGCUGAGGAACUAUUGGAUGAGUAUUUUUGUCCUUCCCCAAAGCAUAAUUAAGGAAGUUGAGCGUCUUUGUCAUGGUUUUCUAUGGGGAGUUAAUGGCAAUAGGAGCAAGAUACAUAUGGCUUCUUGGGCGAAGGUCUGUCUUCCUAAAGCAUAUGGGGGUCUUGGAUUCAGAAAUGGACAAGUUUGGAACCAUGCUAUCUUAGCUAAGUAUAUGUGGGAGAUCUCUGAGAAGCAUGAUUUGCUGUGGGUAAAAUGGAUAAACACAAUCUAUCUGAAAGGCUCAAACUUCUGGUCCUAUAGGUUGCCUCUGGAUACUAGCUGGUAUUGGAGGAAAUUAUGCAAAUUGAGAGGCAAAUUCAGUUAUGAAGAUAUCAAGGCUGCUGGUUUAUCUGGGAAAUUCCAAUCAUCUAUCCUAUACAAUAGUGCUCUGAGCCAACAACAGGUUGGUUACUAUCAAGCAGUAUGGUGUAGAUUAUCUUUGCCUAAGCACAGGUUCUUGUUAUGGCAAGUAGUUAAUGCUCAGUUGCUUACUUGUGAUAACAUGCUUCGAUUCAGAGUGCCUCUUGAAUCUCUUCUGUGCCCGGUCUGUGGUAGUUUUGUUGAAAGUCACUCCCAUCUGUUCUUUGACUGUACUCUGUCAAAGCAGGUGUUGGAUCAUAUAUUCAACUGGAUGGCAUUCAGAGCUUGGCCUUAUGAGUUUGAUAGCUGGAGGACCUGGCUCUCUAGCAGAAAUCAUGGCUUCCUUUUUCAUAUAAAUAACAUGAUUUUAGCAGCUGUGGUAUAUAGCAUCUGGAGGAAUCGCAAUGGUUGUAUUUUUGACAAUUUUUCUAGGACUGCUACUAGUAUAGCUUCUGAAGUUAAAUCCAUAAUACAACAUCGACUCUACAUUGUAAGUAAGAAGAAGCUAUCUUCCCAGGAGCAAAGAGUUUUAACAAAAAUUACAAUGUAA